AUGGAAGCGAUGGCAACGAUGGUUCAAUACCAGUUGCACUUGCUGGUUCCCAUUGCCCUGGUCGUCGUUGGUUUUUGGGUAGCCUAUCGACUGAUUAACUGGCCUACGUUCGCGGACUUUUUGAUCGCGGUCGAGGCAGAAAUGAAUAAGGUCACUUGGCCUUCCAAGGCUGAGUUGUGGCGAAGUGUCAUCGUGGUGAUCGCGUUGAUCUUCAUCCUGGCCAUGCUGUUGUUUGCGUUCGACUUGUUGUGGAUCACCCUGUUUAAAACGAUCGGGUUGAUUCCUCCAGACCCCGAGUCGGGUAUCCCUGCGGACGCAGAAAAUACCGCAGGAGAAGCAGCGACCCCGGAAGCUGCUGCGGAUGAUGCUGCGUCAGUGGAAGAGCCAGAAUCGGCUGACGAGGAAAACGCGUCGGGCGAAGCUGCGGAAGAUCAACCUGAAUCCGACGAUGUCGCUCCCGCUGAAGAGUCUGUCGAGGAAGCAGAGCCUGCUGAGUCAAAGCCAGCUCCUGCGGCCAGCGGCAAGAAGCGUGGGCCGAUCGAAGAAAUCAGUGAUGAAGAGGAAGAAGCUGCGGAGGCAGCUGACAAGGAGUGGUACAUCCUCAAGGUUCAAAGCAAUCGCGAAAAGUCGAUUAGCAAUAACCUGAUCCGCCGCGUCAAGAUGGCGGGCCUCGAGGAUUACUUCGGCGAGAUUCUUGUUCCUACCGAGGAUUUGGUGGAAUACAAGAACGGCAAGAAGAAAGUUACCAAGCAGAAGCUCUAUCCAGGCUACAUCGUCGUGCAUAUGGCAAUCAACGACGAAACGUGGUUUCUGGUUCGUGAGACCGGUGGCAUUGGUGACUUUACCGGCGCAGCUGGCAAGCCAGUGCCGAUGUUGCCGCACGAAGUGGAUCGCAUCGUCAAGAAGACGCGCAA